AUGAGCACUACUUUCGACAUGGGCGAAUGCCCCAUCUGUCUCCAGGGAACUAUGCUUCUGGUCCUUCCGUGUGGACACGCUGCCUAUUGUCGAGACUGCCACGCUAAAGCUAUCAGGAACUUGCAAGAGGGUGAGCCUCAUCCAUCUUGCCCAAACUGCUCACGUAUCGUCCCUUUCGAAGCUUUCCAAUCUGUGCUUGACCCCGAAUUCUACACCGUCAUGUACAAUAGAAUGCUCGAGUGGGAUACUCCGGCAACCGAGCGUCUGUUUUGCGCCAAUACUCACUGUCUGAAUUUCAUUCCUCCCUCAGCUCCCACAUCCUCGAGAGGUCGUCAAUGUUUGUCUUGCAACAACACCACUUGCUUCGCUUGCAAACAGGACGCCCAUAAUGGUGCGUGUGCUGAAGACGAGGGCCUAAAGGAGGCCAUUAAGGUUAGUCAGGCUGAUGGUGGAAUGCCAUGCCCACGCUGUGGAACUGUUAUCAUGCGUAAUGGUGGUUGUCAACACAUCUCGGGAAAUCAUUACGGCUGCACCCACGAGUUUUGUAUCUUGUGUGGUUCAGACUGGAAAGACUGUUUAGGGUCCUGUCCAGAAUCUGCUGCUGAUGCGGACAGAGUGCAGGCCGAGCGCGACGACGAGAGUGAUAGCGAGGACGAUGAUGUGGACUGGGAGGCAAUUCAAAGAGCUCAGCAGCAAGCAGAGCUUGAUGAGGAAAGACUUGCUGGUCAAUCACUCGCUGCUGAGUACUCAGGUCGAGACAUGCUUUUGUACGAGGAGCUAAUUGCUCAUCUACAUAUCAUGGUCAUUGUCCACGCUGAAUACCUUGCCAGAGGCCCACUCGUUCGCACACAUAUAACUGAUAUUGCCCAUCUUGUACGACCUGCAGAUACGUAUGGCUCGAGGAGGGGUUCGCUUCGAAGACGCCGUCGAGUACAAUGA